GAGGCGGCGGCUGCGGGAGCGCUCCCCAGGAAUGUCGCUGCCGCCGCCACCGCCGGGGCCGCUGCCGUUGAGGAGGCGACGGAGGAGACCGGCGUUGUUAGGAAGAUGAUCCAUAUGAUCUCCAAGACCUUUCUUUGGCGAUGAAGGAACUACAAAGAACCAAAUAUAAUUCUGAAAUUCAGGAUCUGUAUUUUGAAAUGGUUUUAUUUUCAGAAUGAAAAGUCUAUAUGGUUGCCUUUUUGAAUGUAGAGACAUGAGAAAAGAGUUAUGAUGGCAAAAAACAAAGAGCCUCGUCCCCCAUCCUAUACUGUCAGUGUGGUUGGACUCUCGGGGACUGAAAAAGACAAAGGUAACUGUGGAGUUGGAAAAUCUUGUCUGUGCAAUAGAUUUGUACGCUCCAAAGCAGAUGAAUAUUAUCCAGAGCAUACUUCUGUGCUUAGCACCAUUGACUUUGGAGGCCGUGUAGUAAACAAUGAUCACUUUUUGUAUUGGGGUGACAUAACACAGAAUGGUGAAGAUGGAGUAGAAUGCAAAAUCCAUGUCAUUGAACAGACAGAGUUCAUUGAUGACCAGACUUUCUUGCCUCAUCGAAGUACAAAUUUACAACCAUAUAUAAAACGUGCAGCUGCCUCUAAAUUGCAGUCAGCAGAAAAACUAAUGUACAUUUGCACCGAUCAGCUGGGUUUGGAGCAAGACUUUGAACAGAAACAAAUGCCUGAAGGGAAGCUCAAUGUAGAUGGAUUUUUAUUGUGUAUUGAUGUAAGCCAAGGAUGUAAUAGGAAGUUUGAUGAUCAACUUAAAUUUGUGAAUAACCUUUUUGUCCAGCUUUCAAAAUCCAAAAAGCCUGUGAUAAUAGCAGCAACUAAAUGUGAUGAAUGUGUGGAUCAUUAUCUUAGAGAAGUUCAAGCGUUUGCUUCAAAUAAAAAGAACCUCCUUGUAGUGGAAACAUCAGCACGGUUUAAUGUCAACAUUGAGACAUGUUUCACUGCGUUGGUACAAAUGUUGGAUAAAACUCGUGGCAAACCUAAAAUUAUUCCCUAUCUGGAUGCUUAUAAAACACAGAGACAACUUGUUGUCACAGCAACAGAUAAGUUUGAAAAACUUGUACAGACUGUGAGAGAUUAUCAUGCAACUUGGAAAACUGUUAGUAAUAAAUUAAAAAAUCAUCCUGAUUAUGAAGAAUAUAUCAACUUAGAGGGAACAAGAAAGGCCAGAAAUACAUUCUCAAAGCAUAUAGAACAACUCAAGCAGGAACAUAUAAGAAAAAGGAGAGAAGAAUAUUUAAGUACCUUGCCAAGGGCUUUUAAUACUCUCUUGCCUGAUCUAGAAGAGAUUGAGCAUUUGAAUUGGUUGGAUGCUUUGAAGUUAAUGGAAAAGAGAGCUGAUUUCCAGUUAUGCUUCGUGGUGCUAGAAAAAACACCUUGGGAUGAAACUGACCAUAUAGACAAAAUUAAUGAUAGACGGAUCCCAUUCGACCUCCUGAAAACUUUAGAAGCAGAAAAGGUCUAUCAGAACCAUGUACAACAUCUGAUAUCAGAGAAAAGAAGAAUAGAAAUGAAGGAGAAAUUCAAGAAGACUUUAGAAAAAAUUCAGUUCAUUUCACCUGGGCAACCAUGGGAGGAAGUUAUGUGUUUUGUUAUGGAAGAUGAAGCAUUCAAAUACAUCACUGAGGCUGAUAGCAAAGAAGUAUAUGGUAGACAUCAGCGAGAGAUAGUUGAAAAAGCCAAAGAAGAGUUUCAGGAAAUGCUUUUUGAACAUUCGGAACUUUUUUAUGAUUUAGAUCUUAAUGCAACACCAAGUUCAGAUAAAAUGAGUGAAAUCCAUACAGUUCUAAGUGAAGAACCUAGAUAUAAAGCUUUACAGAAACUCGCACCUGAUAGGGAGUCUCUUCUCCUUAAGCAUAUAGGAUUUGUGUAUCACCCCACUAAAGAAACCUGCCUCAGUGGCCAAUAUUGUACAGACAUUAAAGUGGAGCACUUACUUGCCGGUAGUCUUCUACAGUUGGAUCAUGGCCGCCUACGCUUGUAUCAUGAUAGUACCAAUAUAGACAAAGUUAAUCUUUUCAUUUUAGGGAAAGAUGGUCUUGCCCAGGAACUAGCAAAUGAGAUAAGGACUCAAUCCACUGAUGAUGAGUAUGCCUUAGACGGAAAAAUUUAUGAACUUGAUCUUCGGCCUGUUGAUGCCAAAUCGCCUUACAUUUUGAGUCAGUUAUGGACUACAGCCUUUAAACCACAUGGGUGCUUCUGUGUGUUUAAUUCCAUUGAGUCACUGAGUUUUAUUGGGGAAUUUAUUGGAAAAAUAAGAACUGAAGCGUCUCAGAUCAGAAAAGAUAAAUAUAUGGCUAAUCUUCCAUUUACAUUAAUUCUUGCUAAUCAGAGGGACUCCAUUAGUAAAAAUCUACCAAUUCUCAGGCAUCAAGGACAGCAGUUGGCCAACAAAUUGCAGUGUCCUUUUGUAGAUGUACCUACUGGUACAUAUCCUCGUAAAUUUAAUGAAUCACAAGUAAAGCAAGCUCUAAGAGGAGUAUUGGAGUCAGUUAAACACAAUUUAGAUGUGGUGAGCCCAGUUCCUAUCAAUAAGGAUGUGUCCGAAGCUGACUUGAGGAUUGUCAUGUGUGCCAUGUGUGGUGAUCCAUUUAGUGUGGAUCUCAUUCUUUCACCCUUCCUGGAUUCUCAUUCUUGCAGUGCUGCUCAAGCUGGACAGAAUAAUUCCUUAAUGCUUGACAAAAUUAUUGGUGAAAAAAGGAGGCGAAUACAGAUCACAAUAUUGUCAUACCAUUCUUCAAUUGGAGUAAGAAAAGAUGAACUGGUUCAUGGGUAUAUAUUAGUUUAUUCUGCAAAACGGAAAGCAUCAAUGGGAAUGCUUCGCGCCUUUCUCUCAGAAGUUCAAGAUACCAUCCCUGUACAACUGGUGGCAGUUACUGACAGUCAAGCAGAUUUUUUUGAAAAUGAGGCUAUCAAGGAGCUAAUGACUGAAGGAGAACACAUUGCAACGGAAAUAACUGCUAAAUUUACAGCAUUGUAUUCUUUAUCUCAGUAUCAUCGGCAAACUGAGGUCUUUACACUGUUUUUCAGUGAUGUUCUAGAGAAAAAAAAUAUGAUAGAAAAUUCCUAUUUGUCUGAUAACACGAGGGAAUCCACCCAUCAAAGUGAAGAUGUUUUUCUCCCAUCUCCAAGAGACUGUUUUCCCUAUAACAACUACCCUGAUUCAGAUGAUGACACAGAAGCACCACCUCCUUAUAGUCCAAUUGGGGAUGAUGUACAAUUGCUUCCAACACCCAGUGACCGUUCCAGAUACAGGUUAGAUUUGGAAGGAAAUGAGUAUCCGAUUCAUAGCACCCCAAACUGUCAUGAUCAUGAACGUAACCAUAAAGUGCCUCCACCUAUUAAACCUAAACCUGUUGUACCUAAAACAAAUGUGAAAAAACUGGAUCCAAACCUUUUAAAAACAAUAGAAGCUGGCAUUGGUAAAAAUCCAAGAAAACAGACUUCCCGGGUACCUAUGGCACAUCCUGAAGAUAUGGACUCUUCAGAUAACUAUGCGGAACCCAUUGACACAAUUUUCAAACAGAAGGGCUAUUCUGAUGAGAUUUAUGUUGUCCCAGAUGAUAGUCAGAAUCGAAUUAUUAAAAUUCGAAACUCAUUUGUAAAUAACACUCAAGGAGAUGAAGAAAAUGGGUUUUCUGAUAGAAUCUCAAAAGGUCAUGGGGAACGUAGGCCUUCAAAAUACAAAUAUAAAUCUAAAACUUUGUUUAGUAAAGCCAAGUCAUACUAUAGAAGAACACACUCAGAUGCAAGUGAUGAUGAGGCUUUCACAACUUCUAAACCUAAAAGAAAAGGAAGACAUCGAGGAAGUGAAGAAGAUCCACUGCUUUCGCCUGUUGAAACUUGGAAAGGUGGUAUUGAUAAUCCUGCGAUCACAUCUGACCAGGAGGUAGAUGAAAAGAAGAUAAAGAAGAAAGCCCACAAAGUAAAGGAAGAUAAAAAGCAGAAAAAAAAAACUAAGACCUUCAAUCCACCAACACGUAGAAAUUGGGAAAGUAAUUACUUUGGGAUGCCCCUCCAGGAUCUGGUUACAGCGGAGAAGCCUAUACCACUAUUUGUUGAAAAAUGUGUGGAAUUUAUUGAAGACACAGGAUUAUGUACUGAAGGACUGUACCGUGUAAGUGGAAAUAAAACUGAUCAAGACAACAUUCAAAAGCAGUUUGAUCAAGAUCAUAAUAUCAAUCUAGUAUCAAUGGAAGUCACAGUAAAUGCUGUAGCUGGAGCUCUCAAGGCUUUCUUUGCUGAUCUGCCAGAUCCUUUGAUUCCAUAUUCACUCCACCCAGAGCUAUUGGAAGCAGCAAAAAUCCCAGAUAAAACAGAACGUCUUCAUGCCUUGAAAGAAAUUGUUAAGAAAUUUCAUCCUGUAAACUAUGAUGUAUUCAGAUAUGUUAUAACACAUCUAAACAGGGUUAGUCAGCAAAAUAAAAUCAACCUAAUGACAGCAGACAACUUAUCCAUCUGCUUUUGGCCGACUUUGAUGAGACCUGAUUUUGAAAAUCGGGAGUUUCUGUCUACCACUAAAAUCCAUCAAUCUGUCGUUGAAACAUUUAUUCAACAGUGUCAGUUUUUCUUUUACAAUGGAGAAAUUGUAGAAACUACGAACACUGUGGCUCCUCCUCCACCCACAAAUCCAGGACAAUUGGUGGAGUCAAUGGUACCACUUCAGUUGCCACCACCAUUGCAACCGCAGCUCAUUCAACCACAAUUGCAGACAGAUCCUCUUGGUAUUAUAUAAACAGAAUGUGAUUGCAAAUGGCCUGAAAUUGGACAGAAGCAAAUCUAGACAUGCAUGUUUCAGGGUUUAGUAGUAUAUUUCAUGUUUCAUACAGAUAAUCCACAUUCAAAAUGACGAGACAUUUUCUCUUUGAACUAUGUGGUAUUCCCUGUUAACUUACAUUACAAAUCUAAAAACGUGGUAAGCAUGACUGGAGAGGUUUAAUUUUUAUAAACAAAAAAUAGUUAUAAAAAUGCAAAGCUGCUGCUGCAUGCAACCUUAUUGCAAUCAGUAUAUCAUUCCUGUGGCGAUUUUUGUCACAUUAUAUUGUGAAUAAAAUUUUUCUAUAGAAAUUAAAUGAUUUAAAACUCAUAUAUGAAAUGUUUAAUGCUUUCAGCCUGCUUUAUGGCUGGCUUUGUUAUUUGAUGUGCUAAUUUGGGAACUUAAUUCACAUUCAAGCAGCCUGUAUAGAUAACUAAAGCCCAGUUAAGUAUUUUAUAAUUUCAGGCUGCUAUGCCAUGCUUGGGAUGUUGUUUGAAUGAAAGAAAGAAAAAAAUACAUGUAACAUAUUUCACAUUUCUGCACCUUCAUCUUCGAAGUAAAUCGGUGGAUGAUUUGAUGAGGAGUGAAUGAACCUGUUUCUUGUACUCACAUACCAACGACACACUUGUGGUUAAAGUGAGUUGAUAAUGUGGUGUAAAGGAUGGUUGUCCCCAACUCAUUUCUUUAUGAUCUCUAAUGAAAAAUACAUUUUGUAUACGGUUAAUUCUGUAAACAGAUGCAUGUUCAAAAGAUCUAUGAUGGUCUUGUAAUCUUAAUCUAAUAUAUUUUAGAUAUUUUAAUUUUUCCCUCUUGGGAAAUACAUUUAGUAUAGUGUAGAAAAAUACUUCAUGACAUUUUCAUAUAAGGUUAUAUAACUUUUCAUACAUAAACAUGAAAUUUGUUGUAGAAAAUUCUUUAAACCAAACAUUUAAUCUAGGACUUCAAUUUAAUCUGUUCCUUGAAUCUAUUUUUAUGUGGCCCUUGAGAAUAUAUCCCAAAAAAAUUCAUUGCUAAUACAGCAAUAAAAAUACUUUGGGUACUGACAGACUUCUUGGAGUAUGUAUAUAUAAAAUCACAAACAUGUAUUCAUAUUCUUUCUGUGAUAUGUUGUUCUACAGUCCAGAAUGGCUUUUGCACCAUUUUUUAAACCAGUUUUCCCCUUUGAUGUUGGUACCAGAGUUGCUAUAAAUGACUGCUGCUUUAGGGGUUAAAUAUUUUGUUAGUGGAGAUACAACCAGAACACUAAAUUAUGAUAAAACUUUCUGACUGGAUAAUAGGUAAAUUUAGUUGGGCUAUAUUCAAAAUUAUUUUAUCAAAACCAUAUCAUUUGUUUUACUGGAAAAAGGAAAAUGGUUUGUUUUUACUGCUGGGUCAUAUUUUGUGUAGUAAAGACAAAAAAUCCUUUGGUCAAUAUUGUAAUCUUUAUAUUUCACCGUUAAGGUUUCCUUAUUUGUAUUAUAGUAAAUCAAUGAUUUUGAGAUUCAAGGCUCCUAAGAGUUUGAUUUGCUCCAUUUUGUCUUAAAAUAAAUAUUCUUUCCCAAUUGUUAUAUCUUAGGUAUUAUACUUCCAAUUUCAACCAAGAUGUCAACAUGAACCAGGCUACUGUUGAAGUACAUGUAUAUUAUAAAUUAUCUUAUUUGUGUUAUACUCUUACAUAUUAUUAUCUUUUCUAAGAGAACAAAGUCCCUAUUAUUCCUAUUGCAAAGCACACAGGAAUUAAGAAAGUACAGUAAUUUUUAAAAAAGAAUAUCCGGUAAAUGUAGUAUUCUUAACUUGUUCUAUAUUACUUAUACCUAUGUCUAUAUAGCUUUAAUUUAUAGCUGUCAGUUUAACAUUGGCAUGUCUGGCAAAGAAAAUUAAACUUUAAGAGUUUUAUAAACUGUUUCUAGGUUGCUAAAGAAUUUAUUUUUCUACUAUAAAUGGUAUAGACAAAGCAUCAACUAUGUACAGGAAAAAAGCCUGAAUAUUUCUAUUGGAAGUAGGCUUAAAAGAGAAUUUUCAGAACUGUUCAUAUCUUUGGUUCAUUCUGUCCUAACUUUACUAUUGUAAUAUGUGAGUUCCAAUUUAUUUAAGCUAUUCUCUUUUAUAAUGUGUUAAUUUAACAUUCGUUUACGCUUUGAACUAUUUUUGUUACUAAAAUUAGCAUUUAUAAGUUUCCACAUUAACCACCUUAACACCUUUCCCAGAACUGAUCUCUCCCUUUUCUGUGCAUUCUCUCAUUGACCUGACACACUGCAUAGUGAAUCACUAAUAUUCUCCAUCUGGUUCAUUUUACUAGUAGGUUACAGAUACUGAAAAUUAAAGUGCGGUUUAAAGCUCAGUCUGUGACACUGACUUGUGUUUGUUUUUGGCCAAGGGUAUAAAUGUGUUUUUAAACCCUAGAAAAGCAAUUCCAAGGGAGUAACAUAAUGAAUUCUUUGUUACUUUUAAGUCACUGGAACGUUUCACUGUUUAGGAAUAAACAUAUACGCAUGUGUAUAUGAGACUUAAUGGGUUAAAAGAAUUAGUAGAUAGUCUUACAAUUAUGGGUCACCAUUAAGACAUUUCACAAUGUUAAAAAAUUACAUGUAUACAUGUUGCCAUUGUUUUAUUUAAAAUUGAGUGCUUAUUCUGAUAUCAGGCUCAAUAGUAUUUAGAUAAACAAUAUAAAGAAGCAUAGAGAGGUCUGUUUCAGACUUUGAGUAGAUUUUUUUAAAUAAGUCAAAUUCUGUCAAUAAGCACUUGUCAGGGUAUACAGAUACCAUCUGAACAAAAUUCCAGGUACACUACAUUUGUUUAAAGUGAUAUUUUUAGUAGUACUUCCCACCCUAACAUUUACAGUGUAAAUACUGUAGGUAACAGCCAUCUAACUUAGCCAAAACAGCAGCUCUUAUUUUCCAUAUUAUAUGUAAAUACUAAGACUUUUGGUUUUUGUUUUAUUUUGAGGUACUAAAAUUUAGUUCCUAAUAUCUCUUAGCUAUAAACAAAGGGGACAUUUGAAAUAAAAACUUAGGCCUUAGCUUCCAUGGUUAUUUUUACUUUUUUUUAUAGAGUAAUAAUUGUGAUGCUUCUUGUCAACUGAAUAUAAAUAUGUGUAAAUAUAAUUUUUAAAAAUCAAGAGUGGUUUGUUUCUUUCUAUAGUUAAUAUAAUUUUAUGCUUUACCCAGAUGAUGUACAGUAAUUUCAGUAUCAGUAAAGGUCCAGUUUAGUGAAUGCUCUGAAUAAAACAUUAAGGAGCUAUGCAAGAAGUUUAAGUUAAAGUUGCCUGUUUUUGCCACUCUGUUGAUAAAAAUCAACCAAUUUUAGGUAAAAUAGGAAUGUUUACAAUUUUAUAUUAGUAAAAAUUUUACUGGAUGGUUUUAUUGUUGGUCUUUCCUUAUACCAUGAAAGGAAAUCAAAACUCAUUCUGGGUAUAUGAACAUAAGUUUUUAAAAAUAGCAGGGACUGAGUAUAUGUGGCUCAGUUGAUAGAAUGCUUGCUUAACUUGCAUGAAGACCUGGAUUCAGCCUCCAGCACUACAUAAACCAAGCCUGCUGACACAUAUCUACAGUCCUGGCACACAGAAGAUAGAGGCAGACGAAUCAGAAGUUUGGAAUCCUCCUUCACUUCAUUGUGAAUUUGAACACAGCCUGAAACACAUUUGACCCUGCCUUCCAAAAUAAAUAAAUAAAUAGGACAACAAGAUAAAGCAUACACAUGAAUCUGGAGUUUGAGAGGCAUUCUUUGAAACCACUGGAAAUAUUUUUAAACCUGUUCUAAACAAGGCAGUGGUGGCACACGCCUUUAAUCCCAGCACUCUGGAGGCAGAGGCAGGUGGGUCUCUGAGUAAGAGGCUAUGUGAGUUCCAGGGUAGCCAGGACUGUUAAUAUACCUUUCUCAAAAGUUUUGUUGUUUGUUUUUUUUAAAAAAAAAAAAACUGUUCUAGUUAUAAAACAACUCUUAAUAUUGGAAAAUGGAUGUUUUGCUUUCUUUUCAUGGUUUGAAAAUAGCAUAAUCCCAACUUUAUGUGUAUGUAUUGUCAAAUUCUGUAGAUUUGGUGAGUUCUCUUUGAUCUGAUUUUUUGUGUAUGUCUUGCAUUUGAAUUCUUAGCCUUUUCCAGUUACCAAAUAUCUAAAGAUAAAAGUUACCAGAUAUCUGAAGAUAAAAGUAUUAAUUACGGAAAACACCAUUCUUCAAAACCAUUUCCUUGGGUCUCCUGAGAUGACUGUGGUUAAGCACAUUUACUGCUUUUCCUGAGGACCCAAGUUCAGUUCCUUGCACUCAGAUCAGGCUGUUCAAUAAACUGUAACUCCAGCUCUAGGGGAUCUGUCACCCCCUUCAGUUCUUGACAGGCAACCGCACUCACAUGCACAUACCCAUUCACAUAAGAUUUAAAAAUAAAAACUGCAGUAAAAAAUU